ACUGCGACACGUACACGUGACUCUCAGCACACGUACACACACACGUUCACACAUUCUCAGGCACACACGCGCGUUGGACUCCGACACCCUCACCACACCAACAACAGCCCACACGGCGCCCGCCACGCAGCGCGGCACACGUACACAUACACGUUCACACAUUCUCAGGCACACACGCGCCACACGUACACAUACACGUUCACACAUUCUCAGGCACACACGCGCCUCCUGCGGCCUGCGGCGGGACUGCGCAGCACCCACACAUGUACACGUGACUCUCAGCACACGUACACAUACACGUUCACACAUUCUCAGGCACACACG